AUGGAGAAGGCUGGUAAGCAACCAGAUCGAAAAGACCAAAACAAUUUUAGUCAUUAUUAUAUUGACUUCUAUAUCGAACAACUCAGGAAUUCAAUUGAUUCUGAGCGUUUGAAGAAUGAUCCCGAUUUUUUCAAAGAAAUAUGUCAUGAAAAGAUCAAUAUCAUUGAAAUAAAAAAGAAAGUUGACCAGCUUCCUUCAAUUCAAGAUCAAAAGUCCAUAAUAAAUGCAUUUGAAAGUGCACACUCAAAGCUCGCGAAGAAGAAAGAUAAUCUUAACGGAACUGCUAAAAAAUUUGUCUCUUUUUUUAUUCUUUGGAGUAGAACAGAGCAACAAAGAAUAAAUGAUUUUAAUAAGGACCACGGACAUGAACUUGAUCAAUACGAAAAGGAUGUUAAGCUCCAUAAAGAAAAUCUUGAAAGCAUGAAAGAUGAUGAAAUCAUUCAAGAAAUAGAUGAAAUAAUUGCUGACAUUAUAGAAGAUGAAGUUGAGACUAAGCAACAAAAGAUUGCUCAAGAAUUAUGAAAGAGUAUAUAUGAGAACUGUUACAAGAUACAGUUCAACUGGGAUCCUGAGGAGAGAAGAAUGGAACUUAUGUUCUUGCUGGUUGGUGAUAAAGAAGAGAAAUAGCACAAUUGUUUCAAGAGUUGUAGGCGAAUCAGAGAAAAAUCCAGUAAAUCAGAACUUAACAUACCUCAUCAACAAAGAUUGAGAAGAAGUAUGCUUUGCCUUUGAUCCAAGCUUAAAAAUGUCAAGCCAAAAAUUCUUUGAGAGAACUGGUUUUCAGCAUUUUAAUAACUUGAUCUCAAUGUGAAACCUCAAAAAUAUUGAUACUAUUAUCUUCAAGAACUUCUGCUUUAAUGACAAACAGUUGGAUAAGAUAAUUUCUUUGGCAACCGAAAGAUUAGUAUUUAACAACUGAAAAUUCAAAGAAUUUCAGCAACAUCACCAAGAGGAAAAGGAGGAUAAAGAUUCGUCAAUUAAAUCUGGCUCAAACAGGACCGACGAAGAUGGAGAAUUUGAUAAUAUUGAUAAUGAAGAAUGCAAAGAUGUGCAUGUAACUUAUUUUGAUAAAUACUUGAAGAAAUAUUAUAAGCCAAAAGAAGAAAAGAAAGAAAUUGAAUCAAUAGAAAAAUAUUGAAAAAAUAGGCCAUUAUAUAGUCUCUCUUUUAUCGAUUGUUCCACUUUUGGUCCUCAUAAUGAAUGAAAACAAAAAACAAAGCGUAACUAUACAUCCUCCCCACCCUCAAUCCAGCCUCCACGUUCAUUCCCUUCCUCCCCCAACGCUUUCAACUACAACCCAACCUCAACUUCCCUCAAGCCCACUCACCCCAUGACCCAAAUAAUCCACUCCCUCCUGCACAAAAUCUCAACUGAAGCCGUACAGAACCCUGCCUACAAAGGAAGAGGCCUGGUCUCUCUGACUCUGAAGAACUUAAGACUCCCAGAUGAGGAUUAUGAGUUUUUGAAACAAGGGAGAGAAGGGGAUUUGGAGAUGUUCCUGGUUUUUGAUGAGGAUGGUGCAAGGGUGUAGGGAUUAAUGGAUUUAAGUUUCAAUGCGGAA